GAAGGUUGGGCGGCUUGCGCAACGGCUGUUCGAGAGUACGACCAAGACAUGAUAGAUGGCUGUAAAGAGGAAAUAGACUCAUUGCUUGCCGGCCUUUUCUCUGCCGUCCUUACGGCGUUCAUCAUCGAAAGUUACAAGUUUCUACAACGAGAUCCGGACGACACCACCGCGGCGCUACUCCUGCAGAUAUCUCUGCAGUUGAGCAGCUUCUCCGUCAAUGGGAGCUUCAUGGACUCCACCCACCCGAUCAAAGCGCAACUGCCCCCUUUGCAGAUGCCUCGGGGCGCUGUUCGCAUCAAUACAUUCUGGUUUUCCAGCCUCGUUUUGUCGUUGAUCUCUGCUUUGGUAUGCAUUUUGCUGAAGCAGUGGCUUCGA